CUUUAGAAAGAGAAAAAUAAAAUAAAAUAAAAAAUAGUUUUAGUUGCAUGGUUGCAUAUUUUACCUUCUGUUCAUAUUCCAAUUUGCCUUCUCGAAUAGGUACUUGAAUCGUUUCUCAAAAUCUUCUCUUCUCAAUGUACCUUUAAUGUGUUUUGAUUUUCUGUUUCAUAUUGUUUUCUAUGAUUACUUGGAUUUGAUUUCUAGAAUUGUUCAUUCAUAAUAUAUUUUGUCCUUUGAAAGUUCUAUUUGUUUCUUGAAACAAAUAAACAUUAAAAACCGAACGCGUUUGGUCAAACAGGGUGGUUGUGCUAUGAAGAAAUGGUAUUCAGAGGAGUUAGAUAAUUAUUAUCCAAUUAGACCUGAAUGCCAAGCUGAUGUCCCUAAGAGCCGCUUCAAAGCCAGGGUUGCCAGAACUCUCAGUGAAAGAAGAUGGAAUGCUGCAUUCUCUAAACAAGGUUAUUUGGGUAUAGCAGGCGUUCUUAGACGAAUCCAACGAGGGGGGGUUCAUCCAACAGUUAAAGGAGCAGUCUGGGAGUUUUUGUUGGGUUGUUAUGACCCCGAAAGCACAUUUGAGGAAAGAAACGAGCUUAGACAACAGAGGAGGGAGCAGUAUGCUGCAUGGAAAUCUGAAUGUCAAAAGAUAGUGCCUGUCAUUGGCAGUGGAAAAUUCAUUACCACUGCUAUUGUUACUGAUAAUGGCGAGCCAAUAGAGGAGGCAACUACCGGUAAUUCACAAGAAACUAGUGAUGCCACGCCAAUUAAUGAUGUCACUGAUAAUGGACAAUCUGUAGAGGUAGCAACUACAAGUAAUUCACAAGAUACUAAUGAUGUCGUGCCAACUGAUGAUGGUGUUUCUGAUAAGAAAAUGAUUCAGUGGAAGCUUAGCUUACAUCAAAUUGGUUUGGAUGUUGUCCGAACGGAUCGUACUCUUGUAUUUUACGAGAAUGAAGCUAAUCAGGCAAAACUCUGGAAUGUGCUUGCUAUCUACGCCUGGAAGGAUGAAGACAUUGGUUAUGUUCAAGGAAUGAGCGAUAUUUGCUCCCCAAUGGUUAUUCUACUUGAGAAUGAAGCAGACGCAUUCUGGUGCUUUGAACGUGCAAUGCGCAGAUUGCGAAAAAAUUUCAGAUCCGACGCAAGUUAUAUGGGAGUGCAAUCUCAACUGAGUACCCUAGCACAGAUUGUUAAAACUGUGGAUCCAAAGCUUCAUCAACACCUUGAGGAGCUGGAUGGCGGAGAAUAUUUGUUUGCGUUUCGCAUGCUCAUGGUACUUUUCCGCAGAGAGUUCUCAUUUGUUGAUUCACUCUAUCUUUGGGAGGUGAUGUGGGCCAUGGAAUACAAUCCACACAUUUGUUCAACAUAUGACGAUAAACGAGAACCAAUUCUUUGUGAAUUGUUAUAUGAUGAUAAACCAAGUAGGAAGGAGCUAAAGCAGUAUGGAAAAUUUGAACGGAAAAAUGUGAAAACUGGUGCAGCGGAACAGAAUAGUGCUCUUGCUGUUUUCCUAGUUGCAAGUGUUCUUGAGACAAAAAAUAAGCGACUUAUGAACGAGGCAAAGGGCCUAGAUGAUGUUGUCGAGAUCUUGGGUGAAAUAACUGGGAAUUUGGAUGCCAAAAAAGCACUAAAUGAUGCAUUGAAGGUUCAUAAGAAAUACAUGGAUAAGGCCAAGAAAUCAUAACAGCCGCUACUACUCAUUACUGGAGCCAGCAGAAAUUUGUUUUUAUUGUUGUUUUUGUAUAAUUAUCCGGUCGAGACAAGAGUCUUGAGAUUAGGCACUAGGUGAAUUACCGAGGAGAGGAUUGGCUUCAACCAUAACCAAUACGGAGGGACUGACAUGGUAAAGGAGGCUAAGUAAAGCUAUCAAAAGGAUAUGCCCAGGCUCAGAAUAUCCUUCUUUUCUGCCCAGACUCGGAAUAUCGAGAUCAUGAGGGCAGUGGCGUAGCCACAUAUAGUGAAGGGCGGUUAAUUAUUGAAGAAUUAUAUUUGAGUAUAUAGAAAUUAUAUUGUCGCUGGGUAUGUUGUUGUUAUUGUUUGUAGAAAUUAUAUUGUAUAUAUGUCAACUUUUACUUUUUAUACAUAUGUAUGAAACUUUGAACACCCUUAAACGAAAUUCCUGGUUGAGCCACUGUAUGAGGCCUAGCUA